GGAAAUUGCCGAGUUCGCUCCGGAAGCGCCCGAGGCGGCGCCGAACCCGUGCCGGAGGUGCCCGAACGAAUCCGGCAAUACCCGAGCCUCUCCGGAGGUGCCCAAACCCUUUCCGGAGGUGCCCGAGAGGCCUUGCCGGAGGUUGCCGAACGUCUCCGGGGGUGCCCGAAGCCUCUCCGGAGGUGCCCGAAGGGCUCCGAACCGGCCGUGCCGGCGCGGAGGCGGCGGGAGCGGCGAUGAAGCGCGGCCGGGGCCGGGCCCGGGGGUAGCGCGGCCGAGCGAGCGGCCAUGGCGGCCAACAUGUACCGCGUCGGCGACUACGUCUACUUCGAGAACUCCUCCAGCAACCCCUACCUGGUGCGGCGCAUCGAGGAGCUCAACAAGGUGAGACCCCCCCCAUGUUUCUGGGGGUGCCUCCUGUUCCUGAGGGGGGGCGAGUUCGAGGAGGAGUCGAAGCAGCCGCCGAUGACGGAGCAGCAGCGGCACCAGCUCAAGCACCGGGAGCUGUUCCUGUCCCGCCAGUUCGAGUCCCUCCCGGCCACCCACAUCCGGGGGAAGUGCAGCGUGACGCUGCUGAACGAGACCGACAUCCUGGGGCAGUACCUGGAGAAGGAGGUGAGCUCUGUGUGGCCCAAAAUGGGUCUGGGGGGGGAUUUUGGGGGUGUCCCCACCCCGCUGAGCCCCCCCCGCCGGAGGGCCGUGGGGACGUUUGCCCGGGCGCUGGACUGCAGCAGCUCCAUCCGCCAGCCCAGCCUGCACAUGAGCGCGGCCGCGGCCUCGCGGGACAUCACCCUGUUCCACGCCAUGGACACGCUGCAGAGGAAUGGCUACGACCUGGCACGGGCCAUGGCCACGCUGGUGCCGCAGGGGGGGCCGGUGCUGUGCCGGGAUGAGAUGGAGGAGUGGUCGGCCUCCGAGGCCAUGCUCUUCGAGGAGGCCCUGGAGAAAUACGGCAAGGACUUCAACGACAUCCGGCAGGACUUUCUGCCCUGGAAGUCGCUGGCCAGCAUUGUCCAGUUCUACUACAUGUGGAAAACCACUGACCGCUACAUCCAGCAGGUACGGGCUGGGCAGGGGGCUCGGGGGGCUCAAAUGGGGGCCUCCCAGUCCCCCCAGUGGUACGCCUGGGGCCCCCCCAACAUGCAGUGCCGCCUCUGCGCCUCCUGCUGGAUCUACUGGAAGAAAUACGGGGGGCUCAAGACCCCCACCCAGCUGGAGGGGGUGACCCGCAGCGCCUCGGAGCCCCACUCCCGGGGUCACCUGUCGCGGCCCGAGGCGCAGUCGCUGUCCCCGUACACGACGAGCGCCAGCCGUGCCAAGCUGCUGGCCAAGAACCGGCAGACGUUCCUGCUGCAGACCACGCGGCUGACGCGGCUCUCGCGCCGCCUGUGCCGCGACGUGCUGCAGCCGCGGCGGGCGGCGCGCCGGCCCUACGCCCCCAUCAACGCCAACGCCAUC